UUCGUGAUGCAAGCGUUUGGGCGCGCGCACGGGAGCGGCCUGUGAGGAAAAAAACAACCGGCAGCGGGGGCUCCUCCCCGCACCGAGCGAGCGGGAAGCACACCGCACUCUGGACUCCUUGUUGCUGGCUUUUGGUCACCGCCCCGCCACCUCCUUCUUUCGUUGACGAGGCCUUAGGACGUUUUCCUGUCAGGACCUCGUUACUGGACACUACAAUUACCCCGGAGGUCAGAAGAGACCUCGCCGACUCCCUUUUUUGUUCUUUAUCGGCUUUCGCUGGUUUUUGUUCCCCCUCCCCACCCACACACACUUCCAUCCCGGUUACCGGAGGAGGGGAGGAGGGGGAGGUAGGCCGCGGCCCCCGCUGGGUCCAUGCGCAAGUUCGCGGCCUUCCCUCCCUCCUCCUCCUCCUCAGCACCGGCCCCAACACCGCGGGGCUCCAGCCGCCAGGGAGUCGGGAUUACGGACUUGUAAGAGACGGCUUCCCGGGGAGCGGCGCGCACACGCGAAUCUUCAUACAAGCUUGGGCAAAACACUGGAUUUUAUGUGACUAGCACAUCGCAGCAUUCCACUAUGGAGUCGAUCACAAGGCGGAUAGCCUUCCAGUUGCCAGGAUACCAAACAAGAAUAAGCAAGGCCUCUGCAGUUCAGUCUGCGUGCAAGGCAUUCGCUGCUUGCUAAUAUGCGUUCUACCUGCCCUAAUAACAUUCAGCAGGAGGUGUUUUUCUCCUAUACAAAAAUGCUCAGACCGUUGAUGACGAAGCGAUAGGGGCAUAAAUGAAGGCCAAAUAAGCAAGGCAAAACGAUGCCCAAGGGUGGGUGUUCUAAAACACCACAGCCAGAAGAAUUUUCUCUCAGCUACGACAUGGUGGAGAAACAAACUGGGAAAAAGGAUAAAGAUAAAGUUUCCAUUAAUAAAACUCCAAAGUUGGAUCGAAGUGAUGGAGGAAAAGAGAAAACUACAAAAAGAAAAUUGCCUUUCUCGAUAGGAACAAAUGGAGAUCAAAAAGAUUCAGAUACAGAAAAGCAGGGUCCGGAAAAGAAAAGAAUCAAGAAAGAGCCUGCAAACCGAAAGUCUAGUUUACCUUUUGGUAUUGGGAUAUCUGGAAUUCGAGCUGGAUACCCGUUAUCAGAGCGGCAACAGGUUGCUUUGCUUAUGCAGAUGACAGCAGAAGAGUCUGCCAACAGCCCAGUUGACACAACACCAAAGCACCCUUCUCAGUCUACAGUUGGUCAAAAGGGGACUCCUAACUCUGCCUCCAAAACCAAAGACAAAGUGAACAAGCGAAAUGAGCGGGGGGAGACUCGUUUACACCGGGCGGCCAUAAGAGGUGAUGCACGGCGUAUCAAAGAGCUAAUAAAUGAGGGCGCAGAUGUCAAUGUUAAAGACUUUGCAGGAUGGACAGCCUUACAUGAGGCAUGUAACAGAGGUUACUAUGAUGUUGCAAAACAGCUGCUGGCUGCUGGGGCAGAGGUUAACACCAAAGGCUUGGAUGAUGACACCCCCCUGCAUGAUGCGUCUAAUAAUGGUCACUUCAAGGUUGUGAAACUGCUGUUGCGUUAUGGAGGCAAUCCUCAUCAAAGUAAUCGAAAGGGAGAGACCCCUUUAAAAGUGGCUAAUUCUCCAACAAUGGUUAAUCUUCUUCUUGGAAAGGGUACCUACACCUCUAGUGAGGAAAGUUCAACUGAAAGCUCAGAAGAGGAGGAUGCUCCUUCCUUCGCCCCUUCCAGUUCAGUUGAUGGCAAUAACACGGACUCAGAGUUUGAAAAGGGCUCAAAACAUAAGGGUAAACAUCAGGAGCCACCCAAAAGCACGCCGGUAAAGGAUGAGUAUGAGUUUGACGAAGAUGAUGAGGAAGACCGUGUACCUCCUGUUGAUGACAAGCAUUUGCUGAAAAAAGACUUCCGUAAAGAGACUAAGGCGAACAGUUUUAUUUCUAUUCCUAAAAUGGAAGUUAAAACUUAUUCUAAAAAUACUACUGCACCAAAGAAAGCUGCUCGCCGAAUCUUGUCUGAUACAUCAGAUGAGGAGGAAAACUCUGUCUCUUUAGGCGCUGCUGAAAAGCUUCGGUUGUCAGCUCACACUGUUCUACCGAGCAAUAAAACCCGGGAGCAACCUGUGGCCAAGCAUAAAGAAAAGAGUAAAGUAAAAAAGAAGCGGAAGAAAGAUACAAAAAAUAAAGUGAAGUUUGGAAAGAAAAAUAACAUCUUCUGUUCUGAGAGUGAAAGCGAAAACUUGGAAAGUGAUGUUGAGAAUGAUAUGCUUUCUUUGGACAAUUCAAACUGUGUAAAAGAGACUGCCUUAGCUUUGAAGGAGUCCUCUUUGUUUAGCUCUAUAUCAGCAUCUUCUGCAUCUUCUCAAGGGAGUUUAGCAUCACAGAAGCACAAUGCUAAUAUCCCAGACCAGCACUCCAAGCACUGGAGGACAGAUAAUUGGAAAACUGUAUCUUCUCCUACCUGGUCAGAUGUUAGUUCGUUGUCAGAUUCCACAAGGACUCGAUUAACUAGUGACUAUGAUUACUCCUCUGAAGAUUCUAGUUUGGAGUCUUUGAAACAGGUUAAAAAGAAACACGAGCACAAAAAGAAAGGUAACACACAUAAUAGUAUAUAUGAAAAGAACUCUUUCCAUCUUCAUGUCGAAGGUGCAAUUCCCAAAUUAGACAAAGAAGGUAAAGUAGUGAAAAAACAUAAAACAAAACAUAAACACAAAAGUAAAGAAAAGGUUCAAAAUCAGGCCAGCCAGGAUGUUAAAAUUCUUAAAAGCUUUUCAUUUGACUAUGAAGACUCCAAGCAAAAAUCAGAAAAGUCUUUAAAUCUAGAGGUUGAUGUACCAGAAAAAUUAAAAGUGUUAAAACAUGAUCAUGAUCACCUCCGGAAAGAAGACAAAUCCAUCCCCAAGGUUAAAUCUGAUGAAAAGGACUGGUCAUAUAGAGACGAGGGAAGCAAAGUUGCCAAAGAGGAGAAGUCUUCAAAGAAGGCGACAAAAGAGGCUAAAGACAGUAAAACCUUCAAAGAGGACCGAGAACGGUCUAGCAAAACAGAUAAAGAAAAAAUUGUCAAGGAGAAAUCUCCCAAAGAAGACAAACCUAAAACACACAAAGAUGAGAAAAAAAAGAAAGUUAAAGAUAAAUCCUCAAAAUCUGAAAAGAAGGCUGAAAUAAAAGAGGAGAAACCUUCUAAAAAUGAGAAAGAGAAAAUGUUUAAGGAAGAAAAGGUAAAAAAGGAUAAGUCUUACAAGGAUGAAACACCCUUUGAAGAGUUUAACAACAAAAAUAAUUUUAUCGACAAUGAGGAAACGAAGUAUAGUACAUCAGACGACCAAGGUUUGUGGAUGUCUGAAAUGUCUUCAGAUGAUUCUUUUGAUUUCAAGGAAGAAGAUAGCUGGGAUUCCUCCUUCACAGAUUUUAGGGAGAGCAAAAAUGACACAAUUCCAAAGCUUUUGGUGGAAUCUGUUAAGGAAGAAGUCAAGGAAAAAGAUUCCAAAAGCAAAGAUAAGAGGGACAAUGGAGAUAAACCAGAGAAGGAGGUGGCCCUUAAAAGGAAAGAUCGAGACUCUUCAGACAAAGUUGCUGACAAAAAGAAAGACCAAAUAGAUUUGCACAAAGGCACCCCAUUGUAUACAACAGAGAAGGAUAAGAAACGGAGGGAUUCAAUAGAGUGCAUGAAAAUCCGGAAAGAGAAAGAUGGGGAUUCAUCAAGAAGAGAGUCUUUGAAUAAAGAUCGUAGAGAUUCUAAAGUUAAACAAGAAGAGUUGUAUAAAGAAGAACUGAAUGAUUAUGGCUCAGAGACUUUUUUUAAAGAGAAGUCUGAACAAGAGUCUUUAACUAAAAAUUCUGAGACCAGAGAGCGGCAUCAUUCUGGUAAAGAGAAAAGAGACAAUUCUGAUAAAAAAGAGAAACCAAAAUCUGAAAAGCAUCGUGAAAAAUCUAAAGAUGCUGAGAAAUUGACAGAAAGAAGUCAAAAGGAAAAAGAAGCAGAUAAAGCUUCUAGAGAUAAGAAAGAUUCAAAAGAAAAACACAAAGAUUUGCACAAAGACAGAAAAGCAUUUUGUGAUCAGAAAACUGAGAAAAAAGAGAAAACCUCUCUAGAAAAAGAUUAUAAUGACAAGAAGGAUGAUAAGAAAGCAAGGGGGAAAAAUUGGUAUAGCAUAUCUGACAUUUUUACAGAUGAAAGUGAAGAGGAAGAACAAAGGUUUGUACCUGGGUUCAAAAUUACUGAAGUCUACAGUGACUUGCACAGAUUGGACAGCUACCAUGAGAGGGAGACCAUCAUUCAAGAUAAAGAUACAACUCAAUCUGAGAAACACAAAAAAUAUACCAGUGACAAGCAACAUUCUGGGGAAAAACAAAAAGACCGAGAACAGAAGGAGCGGAAAAAGGAAAAGGGUCAAGGAGAAUCUGGAAAAGAGAAAAGAGAGAAGAGCACAGAAAAACACAAAGACAAAAAGGACAAGGAUUCUCUUGACAAAUACCGCAAGGAUAGAGUGUCUCUAGAUUCCAAUCAAGACAAGAAUUGUAAAAUGAAAGCAGUGACUGAUAAGAAAGACAAAAAGCAUCUUACAGAAGAGAGAAUCAAAACUAAACACAAAGAGAAGCCGGAUCAUUUUAAGGAGAAAAAAUUCUCAAAGGGGGAAUCUGAAAAAAGUCUGCUGGAGAAAUUAGAGGAAGAAGCUCUUAAUGACUGUAAAGAUGAUUCUCUCGAUAAAAUUAGUGAAAUUUCUUCAGACAGCUUUACAGAUCGGGGCCAGGAUCCAAGUAACCUGUUUGAGAACACUGUUUUAACCAACCUAGAUACAGUGGAGGAAAAAUACAAGGAUUCAGUUCCUAUGCCUAGCUUAGAGAAGCUAAAAGAGAAGGAGCGAAAUAGGCACUCUUCAUCAUCCUCAAAGAAAAGCCAUGAGAAGGAUAAGGUACGUAAAGAAAAGUCUGAUAAAAAAACAGAUGAUGCCAAGGAUGCUUACAGUAAGCGUGAGUGUAUGCAGUAUGAAAAAGAAGCUCCUGCAGCAGAUGCAGACUCUCUUCCAGUAUUCAGUGUUAAGACUGAGACUGAAGAGGAAUUGGAUCGAAGUAUGGAUUAUAUGUUUUUGUCAGAAAAAGAGAAACAUGAUUCUGAGAAAGAUCUUUUAAAGAAGUCAGAAAAGGAGAAGGUUUACAAUCUGAACACACCAGCUUUAAAAGAGAAGAAAAAGAAAGAGAAACAUCGUGAGAAAAGCAAAGAUGAAAAGCAUAGAGACAAACAUUUGGAGGCAUUCUUUAAGCAUCACAAGGAGGAGUUAAAAAAUCAGAGAGAUAAAGAACCACCCCAAGUAAACUCAAAAGAUAAAUCUAAAGAAGAUUUGGGGAAGUUUAGUGAAAACAGACUGAAAGACAGAUUGAAAGAGAACACAGACAAAGAAAAAAUGGACAAUGUCAAAAUCAGUAAUGGUAAUGAAAAAAUUACACUCGUGAAAGAAGCCAAUAAGAAAGACACCAGGCCAAGAGAAAAACUUUUGGUAGAUGGAGAUCUUAUGAUGACCAGCUUUGAAAGGAUGCUUAGCCAAAAAGAUCUUGAAAUAGAAGAAAGACACAAAAAGCAUAAAGAAAGAAUGAAACAGAUAGAAAAGAUGAGGCACCGAUCUGGGGAUCCAAAGAUAAAAGAGAAAAAAGCUGAAGAAUUACGCAAGAGGAGCUUAGAUUUAAGCACCAAGAAAAUGUCUUUAACUGACCCCCUUCAGAAAGAAAAGAAAACUAAAGAUUUGGCCCCUUUAAAUAUAUCUGUUGCUGAGAAUAAAACCCAGGCUGUCUUAGGCAGUGAUUCUAAAGAUUGGCUCAAUGGCCCCCAAAUUAAGGAGGUGCUCACAGCUUCCCCAAGACCUGAUCAGAAUAGGCCAACUGGGGUCCCAACACCUACAUCUGUAAUUUCAUGCCCAAGUUUUGAAGAAGUCAUGCAGACUCCUAGAACACCAUCCUGUAGCACCGAGGACUAUCCAGAACUGAUGUUUGACUGUUCAGAUAGCCAGCAUACAUUACCUGUGUCCGCAAUGUCUAUGAAUGCAUGCUCCCCAACCUUUUUUGAUCGGUAUUCAUCUACUGGAAUGUCAGAAACACCAAACCAAACACCAACUAAACUAUCUUCCUCUAUUAAUCGAAGUCGUUCAGUCUCUGUUGACGUAAGAAGAGUUCCUGAAGAGGAAUUUCAAGCUUCUGAGAUAAAAUUUUUCAGACAGCAAAGUGUUCCAGCAUCGUCUACCUUCAGUUCACCCAUGCAGAUGAUGAUGGAAGAAAAGAUGCAGCCUCUUGUACCUGCAGAGAAAUUUCCAUGCUUGUCUCCUGGUUAUUACUCACCAGGCUACCCAUCUGAUGAUGUUACUUUUGCACCUGGAGACAUUGCAAGUAUUGCUCCUUCUCCUGAUCGAGUCUACUCUGGUUUACAAGCAAAAUCUUCUCCUUCAGAACGAGAUGACUUGCUAGAGCCUUCUACCGAAAGUGCUGUUCCUCCAGACCUUGGCCUACAGUGUGAUUCUGCAGAAGCACAACAAGCUACAGAGUCCAUUCUUCCUCAAGAACAAAGCUUUUCACCACCAGAAUCUAACUUCAUGCAGCAAGAACCUGCCUUUUUGGAAACUGAAAAUUUUAUUCCAGACAGUAAUAGUUAUACUUCUGAGCCUGACUUUAUACCACAAGAAUCAGAUUAUUUGCACCAAGAACCUGCAUACAUUCCUCAUCAGCCAACUUUUCUACCCCAGGAGUCUGAUUUUAUGCCCCCAGAUACAUCCUUUAUACCAUCAGAACAAAAUUAUGUGAUCCAUACAACUCCCAAUUUCCCUCCCUCUGAAAAUGCUUACUUGCCUCGUGAAUCAGGCUUUAACACCUCAGGUUCAGAAUCCUCCUUUUUACCUGCUGAACCUUCUUUUAUUCCACCACCCCCUGAGUCUGGCUUUCUUCCUCCAGUUGAAGAAAAUACUUUUGAUUCCCCAAUGUCUGAACAGAAUCUAGGCUGGGUGAGCCCAACACAUAGCCAAAGUCUAAUAGGUGGCAAUUCAGAGGAACAUGGAAGCUGGUCAAUGAGAUCUGAUCUUAUAAAGUCACCACAAAGGUUCCCAGAGUCCCCUAAGCAUUUUUGCCCAUCAGACAAAACUCUUCCUACUUCGGUUCCUUUCAUUUCAUCAGACUCUCCUUAUCCAGUUUCACCUGUUUCAUAUCCAAUGUCUGAAGCAGUUCCUGAGGAAUUAAAAGAGGAGGAAGAGGAAACCGAGAAAAUUAUGUCUCAACCCGAAGCCCAAAGCACAUACGUGUCCCCUACUCCUCUUCCUACUUUCUUUGAUAACUGUAAAAUUCAUCCAGAGGAACCACAACCUCUGCCAACAGAGCCACAGGUUAACACAGACCCUCUUGCAGGCACUUUAGCAUCAGUCAAAGAAAAUUUAGUACAAUCUGGAGAACUUCACCAAAAUAGUCAAGAAGUAACAGAGCCGUGGUCCAAUCCAUUUUCCUCUGUAGUUGACUUGGAAUUUGGGCCCUUUUCUCUACCAGAACUGCCUCUUCCAGUCAAAGAUGAAAACGACAGUGAAACCUGUGAACAGUUGAACAUCACUGCUGAAAACCCUGCUGAAAAUCCUUCAGAUGACCCUGUUGAGAGUGAAGCUAGUGAAAUGCAUCCCAAUGAAAUAGAUCUUCCUAAGCCAGAAACUCCUAAAGAACCUUCUUGUACAAUGGAAGUGGUUGAUCCACCACCCCAAAUGCUCGAGGAAAAAGCGGAUCCCAUUGAAGAUUCUACUUUGGAAGCUCCAGAAGUGUCCCAGCCUUGUAAAACAAUUUUUGACCCUGCAUCCUUUCCUCUUCCAUUUGUACAGCUAGAGUCUCUUGACAAAAUCGAAGCUAAAGUGCAGGCAAACCUAAACUCUUCAGAUAACGCUGUUCAGGUCUUGCCAAAAAACCCUGAGGCUGAUGCCAAGGUAAAUGAAAGUACACCAGGAGGGAAUGCUGAUAGUGAUCCAGUUGUACAAGCAGAGGUCCCUGAGAUAAGUCCCACUGUAGAUGUUCCAGAACAGACACCAAAAACAGUGGAUGUUCAAAAACCUAAAGUGGAAGAGAUACCUCUUCGUAUGACGCGUAACAGGGCUCAAAUGCUUGCCAACCAGAAUAAGCAAAACUCCACCCCUGCGGAAAAAGAGCAGCCAGUAAUUACUGCACCAACAACUCGUGGGAAAAAUAAAAUCAGUGAGGAAGAAGAGCCACAAACGCAACAUCCAAGAAAGAGAAAGCUGCAGAAACCCAACCACCUCCAGCAGCAAAUAAUAAGCAACACAAGUCAACAAACUCGAGAGAUGAUACAACAGACAUUGGCAGCCAUAGUGGAUGCUAUUAAGUUGGAUGACAUUGAGCCAUAUCACAGUGACAGGUCCAAUCCAUACUUUGAAUAUUUGCAAAUAAGAAAGAAGAUAGAAGAAAAGAGAAAAAUUUUAUGCUAUAUUACUCCUCAAGCUCCACAGUGUUAUGCUGAAUAUGUCACCUAUACUGGCUCCUAUCUAUUGGAUGGCAAACCACUCAGCAAGCUUCACAUUCCAGUGAUUGCACCACCUCCAUCCUUGUCUGAGCCACUUAAAGAACUAUUCAGACAACAGGAAGCCGUAAGAGGGAAGCUUCGUUUGCAACACAGCAUUGAAAGAGAGAAACUCAUAGUGUCUUGUGAACAAGAGAAUCUCAGAGUUCAUUGCAGAGCAGCCAGGACAAUUGCAAACCAGGCUGUGCCUUUCAGUGCUUGCACCAUGUUACUGGACUCUGAAGUCUAUAACAUGCCUCUGGAAAAUCAGGGAGAUGAAAACAAGUCUGUAAGAGAUCGUUUCAAUGCUCGCCAGUUCCUGUCCUGGCUGCAAGAUGUUGAUGAUAAGUAUGACAGGAUGAAGACAUGUGUAUUAAUGAGACAGCAGCAUGAAGCAGCAGCUUUGAAUGCCGUACAGAGGAUGGAAUGGCAGUUAAAGAUGCAGGAGUUGGACCCAACUAGCCACAAGUCUCUGUGCGUCAAUGAAGUUCCCUCUUUCUAUGUGCCAAUGGUGGACGUUAAUGAUGACUUUGUGCUCUUGCCAGCAUGACAAGGCGGACUUCUUGUUUUUUUUUUUUUUUUUUCUGUUUUUUGUUUUGUUUUUUACUCUAAACUGGCAAGGGCCGGCCCCCUUGGCUUAGAAGAGCUCAGACUUCACUUGCAUCUUUUCGCUUGCUGAUGAAUCCGCUGCUUACAAGAGGAGGAAGCAUUUUGAUAUAACUAAUAUGGAAAUCCCCUUAGAGGAAUUGCACUUUCUUCACAGCUUAGGCCCACCACUCCUCCCGGUAGCAGGCAGAGUAAGCUACUGUGGAAGGAGAAUGCACAGGCAGAGUGACAGGGAGGAGGAUCAAGGUUGCCAAGUGUGUUACCACUAUACACACAUCUGCUCCAUUGUGCUUCAGAGACAUCCCAGACAACCAGUGAAGGAAGGAGCACCUGUUCAACAUGGUUAUUUUGAUUUUCAGAUUCAGAUCUGGUUGUUCAUGAACUUUAUAAGAGCAGACUUCUAUUUGGCUACCCUUUUCUUCCCUUCUCCUCCCUUUUUCUUCUGUUCAAUCUUGUCGGUGUGACAAGACAUAAAUAGCCUUCAGCCGCUGACUACCUCAUGUCAGCCUUUAAAUUGCCAGGCCUCUGAUGCUAAGCAAGGAUGGCCUGUCUCUUUUAAUUCAUAGUUUUUCUUCUGUCCUUUAUGCAGAUUCUGCAUGUAGUUAAUACUGGUUUAGGAUUCCAACCCAACCCCCGCAAACCAUUGGUGAUCCAAAAUUUUCAUUUUAAGAGACAACUAACGCUCAGUUUGUGUCACUUUCCUCCCCUUCUUAACAUCUUUUAACCUUGGGCAUUUAGUUUCUCUUGUUGGAGAACUUAACUUGAAAACACUACAGAGCCAAUACUCCUAUAUGUAUGAAAAGACAAAAAAAAGUAUCUGGUAAAUUAUGUACAGUUUUUAUACACAUUACCCUAUGUACUUUGCUGCCUUCUAGAUAAAUUAUUUUGCAAACACAUUACUGCACAGUUGUAAAUAACUUAUGUACUGUAACAUCACUUUCAGUUUUGUGUAAAGAAAUAAAUGAAUUUAAAAAAAAAUUUUGUAAUAUAGUUCACCAUAGGCAGCACUUCUCUGAAGAGACUGAUUCUGGGAGUAUGGAUGACAGAUGGGCCAAAAAAAUAAAAGUUAUGUUCGGUAUUUUGCUACUUUUUAUCUCAAUAUAUGAUUUAUUUGGUCUGUGCCUGACUUAUUUAGUCCUUGUACAUCUUGAAGUGGUAUAGACCUUAUUUUUCAAAAAAAAAGUUUGAAUACACACUCAAUUCCUCCAUGAAGUGUACAGUUUAUCUGUUCUGUUAAAGAUCUAGUUGGUUUUGAUCAUUGGUUUUAUUUUUAUAUUGGUACUCAUUACUGUUGUAUCUGCCAAGCUGCGGCUUAGCAUGACGUGUACAGUCUGCUUUAGCACAUUUCAGUGAUCUGUUGUGAACAUACAUGUCCACAUGGAGGUUUCUUUAAGCUCUGGUGCUUGUCACCAGCUUUCCCAGAUAUUGUGCGACUGACUUAGUGAAGUCUUGGUACCCAACAUCAUGGUUCAUUAACCAAAAAGCACUGACUGACUCCUGACAAUGUACUUUACUUUACUGCAAAUUAUGUAACAAGUGGUUGUGAUCUUUAACUGGAUAGAGAUCAAAAGAACUGCAGAUAAGCUUCAGGUUUAGAUGUCAAAAUCCUUUAGACCCAGCAUAGACUUUUGUACCUACAACCUAGUGCGAUAUCUAUUCAGCCUUUGUAACCACCUCACCCUGAUUACAAUUUUGCUUCAUGAUUUCGCUGGUACUCAGUUCCCCUAUCCUUUGCAUUGGGAUGCCGGCUUCUAGUGCAGGUUAUCAUUGAAAAAAAGACCCUGGGUAAUGUGGCAUUAGUAUGUAUAACAUGUCUAGUUCAACUUGUCUACUGCUUGUUGUAAAGACUCAUUGAAAACUCAGGCAAUGUGAUGCCAUUCCACCUGGGCUGUAGGUGAGUUUAGUCUACACCUCCUUAGAAAUCAGUUGUGUUCUGCUAUGUAUCUGGACUCUUUGUGCAAACACUGGUAAUAGGAACUUCUGGUUCACUCAGCUGUUUUCCUCUUAAUGACACCCUUGUUUUACUAUGUAGUGUGUGUAUUUGUGGCAUAUUAUAAAUUCCUACUGUUCUGAAGCCUCUUCUAGGAGGCAGAUACAGGUCCAUUCUUCCUGGUAUGUCUUGCUUGGACGGUGACUUCUACCUAAAAGAUGGACUAAACAUGGCUUUCCUGGGAUUUCCUGCUAUCUGAGCUGGUAUCAGUAAACAUGCUGAAGCUUUUGGAUAUCUAUGUUUACUCCUUCCAUUUCCUAUAGGUUGUAACAUGUAGAACACUGAAAGUGUUUAUUUGCAUAUUUUGUUUUUAUUGUGGCAAUAUGGUUUAGGCUGCUAGAGUUCAUUGGCCAAUGCACUAUACAUAAUAUAGUGUCCUAUAAGAAUUAUAAGAACCCCUCAUUAGUGAGAAUACUUAUAGGCAUGUUAUAUAGAAUUAUUCAAUGUGUAAUAACACUGGUCCUACCAGUCUGCACACUGAAAGAUAGCAUCCAUUCAACCAAGUUAUGUGGCUUUGCAUUGUAAGACAGGGCCAAGGACGUCUAAGUCACUGUUUUAUUAGUGACAUUUUUUUCCAUGUUAAAUGAAACAGGCAUUUUAUUAGGGUUAUACAUAUGUGCAUAUACUAUAGAUUAGUAAGUGGCGGUAAUAUUAAAGGAGAACUGCAGCACAACAGUUAACUUUCCCUGUGCCCGAGCUGCAAAAACAAAACAAAAAAAUCAAACUUUAACUCUCCUUCCUACACUUCCCCCAUUGCGCUGAUAUCGCCGUCCAGUAACGCCGGUGCUGCUCAGCUUCCUGCUUCUUAGGCUCAGUACAUCACACUGCAGUUAGCAUAUUGCCAACCGCAGUGAUGUCCCGCCUUGGCCGGUGAUAGGCUGAGCGUACUGUCAUGUAAAGGAGCCCGGGCAGCAGGGAGAAGGCGGGGCCCGAGCUCCUUACAUGACAGUGCAGUCAGCGUAUCACCGGCCGAGGCGGGACAUCACUCUGGGGGGCGAUACGCUGACUGCAGUGUGACAUUCCGAGCCUAAGAAGCAGGAAGCCGAGCAGCACCAGAGGAACGGGACGCAGAUAUCGGCGCAACAGUUGAACGUAUGAAGGGGAGUUAGUUUUUGUUGUUUUUUCGUUUUUGCAGCCCAGGCACAGGGGAAGUUUAAAAGCGUUGUGGCGCAGUUCUCCUUUAAUUGGCAUGAUCUUUACCACCAAUUAUCUUCCUCCAGCUUUAGGGUGCAUUCCCACAUGGCGUAUACGCAGCGUGAAAAAUUUACGUCAGAAGCGGCAAAUACGCUUCGUAGUCCUUGCUCUCUAUACACACAGGGCUUUCCAGCGGCAGCCCUAUAUGUGCAGUGAGUUUUGGAGGCGGAGCCGCGCGUCAGUCAC